GCUGGCCCAAACGGUCACACUUGCUGACAACAAAAUAGAAAAUAAAAACUAAUAAAACCGAUCCGCAAGCGAACUAACGAUAAUGACGAACGCCUAGCGAACCCAUUUGGACACCAAAUAACACGCACAGGCGAACAGCGACCAGGGACGACGAACAAACAACCAGGAGUUGCUGGCGUAGGUGGUUGCGGAGCGUUGCAGAGCGGUUGCAACUAUGACGAUGACCGCCUCGGAUAAAUACACGUACCAGCGUACGGUACUGUGCCUGGCUCGCGUUCUGGCCGGAAUCCAACCGACGCCCUGGGAGAAGGUUCAGACCCUUUUCCGGUAUUGCCCGCAGGAGAAUGCAGCUGGUGUCUUUUGCUUGGACACCCGGGCCCAGGAUGCGGUUAUUGCUUUGGGCAUAUACUUCCUGGAAGGUGGCUGCCAGCACGAAUCCCAGAUCGUGCCCUAUUUGCUGCGAUUGGCCAAAUGUUUGCCAAAGGCCGUCUGGAUUGAUGAUGCCCGAAGCAGCAAAAUCGAGCGAGUUCGCAUUCCCUCGGCGGAGAAGUUCAGCUUCUGUCUAAACACCCUGCUCUCGGAUAUCGCAGCCAAAUGUCCCGAUUCCCGCGAAGAGAUCAUCCUCAACCAGGUGGAGACCCUCGGGGCCCUGGCCAACAUUGUCAAGUCCAGCAGGGACAGCAGCUCUGCACCGCCUCCGAUCAUAUUAUGCAAGGCAACAGUGCCGCUGCUCUUUGGCUUGGCACGAUCGAUGGGUCGCUAUGCCAGCAACGAUCCACCGCUGUUGUGUCGCAUCUUUCCGCCAGAGCUGCUGCCCAUCCAACGCGGUUGGGGUCGCGAUGGCAAUGGUGGUUCCAGCAGCAGUGCCAGCGGUACCUGCGGUGGAUCAUUUAGCAGCAGCGAACGCCUGGCGGCCACACAUCAAUUCCGACCCAUAAUACCCCGUUCGAUGUCCGGCAGCCUGGCCCAGGCGCAGGCCCAGAGCCAUGGACAACACGACGAUGGACGCCAUCGAUACACGACGGGGAAACACAAGCCGUCGCUGCACAGCUACUUUUCGGUGCCGUAUGAUCCGCGGACACAUUUCUUCACACGUUACGGCUCCAGCUUCAACCAGUUCCCGAACAUGCGCGUCUGUGAAUCGCCAACGAAGGCCGGUCCCAGGCCUCUGUACCGAGUGCCACCGUUUCCCAUCCAGCAUCUGCAGACCAUAUUCGCAGUGUCCAAGAAACUGCUCACCAAGGACACGUUAGAGCACUUGGACGAGCAGGCCAGCGACAUCUUUUCGCUGCACCAGAUCAAGGGUUACUGCUACAAGAGCUUCUCGGAGACGUUGAACCUGGUGCUGGUCACCUUGCUGCGAGAGUUGCUGCAGCAUCAAGUGGACUUGCCGACACCGUUCACCAAGGAUGUGCAGGAGUUCGUCAAGCGGCUUUUCCUCAACGGGCAGACGGAGCUCCAGAAUAAGCAGCAGGACCAGGAGCGUGAGCGGCGCGAGGAGAACGGCAUUGCGGUGGUCAACAAGUACAAGGUCAAUGUUAUGGCGAACGCAGCCUGUGUGGACCUACUGGUUUGGGCCAUACGCGAUGAGACGGUUGACGUCGACUAUAAUGUGCCAUCCCUGCAGAAUGGCUUGCAAUUUUUAUUGAAGAAAGAGGCGGAUAAGCUGUGCGGUCGAUUGUCCCAGAAGCUCAACCUGGUGCUCAGCCACAAGAUCGUGAUGGAUCACAUGCCGCUGCUGAUGGUGUGCCUGGAGGGGUUGGGCAAGCUGGCCCAGAAGUUCCCCAAUAUAGCAGGCACUUCGAUAUCCUAUCUACGUGACUUCCUUGUGGAUCCCAGUCCCAUUCUGGGCAAGCUGCAUGCCCAUGCCAUGCAGACGUUGGCCCAGCAAAAAAAGGAGAAGGAGCUGACGCCGUUCAAGAUUGUGGUACAGCAUUCAGAUUCACGGGCUGUCGUCGAUAUCUUUGGGGAUAAUGGUACCGGAAAGGCGCCGAACAGCAGCAGCAGCACUGGACGUAGUGGUCAUGCCGCCUUCGAGGCCCUGCGAGAUGCAGCCAUUGAGAAUUUGUCCAUUGCCCUGAGAGCGGCUCAUACCUUGGAUCAGUUCUGUGUUCCAGCUCUGGUGGCCAAUGUAUCCAAUCGUCUGUUCACUGCCGAGAAGUCAGAGAGCGAAUCAAACCUGGUGAGCCUGAAUAUCAUUGUGAUGCUGGGUCAUGUGGCUGUGGCGCUAAAGGAUACCUCGAAGACUACUCAGAACAUCCUGCAGUUCUUUAUUCAGCGCUUCUGCAAGGUUCCCUCUGAGCAGAAUGCCUUGAUUGUGGACCAGCUGGGUUGCAUGAUCAUCUCGCAGUGCGAGACGCAUGUAUUUGACGAGAUCAUGAAGAUGUUCUCCCGUGUGACAGUGCAAUCAGCUUCGCUGGCGUACACCUCAGACCCGGAGCACAGGAAGCAGUUCCAUCAUGUCUCCGAUGCGGUGGUAAAUGCCUUGGGCAAUAUUGCUGCCAACAUACAGGGCGAUGCCGAGAUGCUAGAGCUGCUGGGCAAGCUGCUGGAGCUAUUCGUCCAGAUCGGAUUGGAUGGCGAGCGCAGCUACGACAAUACACCGGGCGCCCAGAAGGCCAGCUCCCGGGCCGGUAAUCUGGGCAUGCUAAUACCGGUUAUUGCGGUACUGGUGCGCCGCCUUCCGCCGAUCAAGAAUCCCCGCCAGCGUCUGCACAAGCUCUUCAAGGACUUUUGGGCCUACUGUGUCGUCAUGGGCUUCACCAAUGCCCGCCUGUGGCCUGCCGAUUGGUAUCAAGGCGUCCAGCAGAUAGCAGCCAAGUCGCCGCUUCUCAUCUCGCAGACUGCCCACAAAUCAGACAUGCGAGAGCUGAACUACACGCUGGCCAUCAAGAGUGAUUCGGUGAACGAGCUGCGCAGCCAGAUCCUUGUGCUGCUCGAGCAUUCCACGGAUAACGUGGCCACGGCCAUCAAUAAGCUGACCUUUGCCCAGUGCACUUACCUGUUGAGCGUCUAUUGGCUGGAAAUGCUGCGCGUGGAGAACGCCGACGAGCCAAGUCUGGAGCCGAUCAUGAGCUAUCUCUGCGAUACAGCUCUGCAGCGGGACAAGACGGGCAUCUGGCAGUGUGUCAAGUGCGUGGCCGACCAGGUCUUUGAAAAGUUCCGCAAUGUGCUGUAUGCCCACGACGAGAUUCGGGAAAAGGUGCUGGAGUCGCAGGCAACGCUGCUGCUGGUCUACUUCAAUCAUAUCCACAAGCCCAUUCAGGUGGUGGCCGAUCAGUAUUUGUCGUUUCUGGUGGAUCGAUUCCCUCACUUGCUUUGGAACCGCCGCGUCCUCUGGUGCAUGCUGGACAUUCUCCAGCUGCUGGCCUACUCCCUCAGCCUGGAUCCCAACGAGGAGACACCGACAUUGCGUGUGGUCUCAACGCCGUAUACCCUGCAACUGAUGGACUCGUUGCCUGCAAGAGAGUUGCGCCUGAAGGACUUUGCCGAUCGGUGUCAGGGCAUUGUAAAUGAGGCGAUGAAAUGGGCACCCAGAUCGACGCGUUCGCAUCUUCAAGAGUAUCCCAACCAAAUACCAACACCCGUGCUGGCCCACCACAGCGGCCUGGCGCUAGCCUUCGAUUCGGUUGUCAGCAGCAGUGCCAUGCAUCCCGGCACGGCUGCGGGUUCGCUGAGCAAGCGACCCAGUUGCGUCAACUCGGACACACCGCGCUUCGUGUCGGUUCUGUGUCUGCGCAGCAAGUAUGCCGGUGAGAUCAGCGGCCUGCUCUCCGUGCUGAGUGAGCGAGACAAGGCCGGACUUGCCGAUCGGCUGGUCAGCGAUGUGUGGGAGGCGUGCUCGGAGAAGAGUGAUGCCCGGCAUCGAGGAGCCCUGUGGCGAGCCACCGCCUACCUCAUCAUCUGCUCGGAAAUCGAUCGGAAGCUGCUGCAUGCGGUGGCAAGUUCGCAGCUGGAGCUGUUUACCGAAUCGGCCAUGGAAACGGCGGUGGAGUGCUGGCAAUGGGUGCUAACGGCUCGCCAGGAUCUGGAGCUGUGCUUCAUCCAAGAGAUGGUCAGUGCCUGGCAGACUACGUUCGAGAAGCGAAUGGGACUGUUUGCCUGGGAAACGGAAGUCACCCAUCCGUUGGCUGCCUACGAAGGCUGCAAGCUUGUGAGCAAGCCAAUCCUGAUCGCACCGCAUCUCAUCUGGCUGCAGCUACUCUCCGAAAUGGUGGACACGGCCAAGUAUUGCAACCGCGACAAGGUGGAGAUGUUCUGUCUGCUGCUCCAUCGCUGUCUUCCCAUACUGAAGAGCAGCCGACAGAAUCGGCAGGUCUCCACGGUCGGCUGUCGGUUCAAACUGCUGCAGUGCGGCCUGUCGCUGCUCCAAGGCAACACCAUACCCAAGUCUCUGGCGCGCAACAUCCUACGCGAGCGGAUCUACUCGAAUGCCUUGGACUAUUUCUGCGGACCGCCCACGUGUCCGAACCAAAGCAGGGAGCAGCUCCUCGAGGAUAUACUGAUACUGCUCAAGUUCUGGCAGACGAUGCGCAGCGAGAAGAAGCACCUGGUCACCUCCGAGGUGGGCGACUAUGACCUGACUAAUGCCUCCGUCAGUUCCACGCAAAUGCUGGCCGUGCGUGCCAAUCCGGAGACGGCUUCCCUGAUCAGCGGCGGCGGUGGCAUUGCCUCAGACUAUGGCCGAUCCAUGAGCACCAGCGGCAAUGCCGUCGGCAUGGGCAUGUCCAUGGGCGGCGCUGGUGGCGGAAGCAACAGCGGCUGGUACAACACGAUUCCACACUCGACGUCGACGCUGUCGAAGCGCUCGAAUCGCUCCAAGAGGCUGCAGUAUCAGAAGGAUUCGUACGACAAAGAUUACAUGAAGAAGCGCAACCUUAUACUGGAGCUGCUGGCCGUAGAGCUGGAGUUCCUUAUCACAUGGUACAAUCCCAACAGCCUUCCAGACCUCACAGUGCCAGGCGAGGAACAAAUCACCGAGUGGCGGACCCGGCCGUACAAGCCUAACGUUUGGCGUGACUAUGCCCGCCUCGCCUGGUGCUACAAUCCUGCUCUGGCCGUCUUCCUGCCGCAGCGCAUCAAGAACGCCGAGAUUAUUGACGAGGAGGUCUCUCGUCUCGUCUGCUCCGAUCCCAUUGCCGUCUGCCACAUUCCGGAGGCACUCAAGUACCUGUGCACCACCAAGAACCUGCUGCAGGAGAGUCCUGAUCUUGUGUAUAUACUCUCCUGGUCACCGGUUACGCCCAUCCAGGCGUUGGCCUACUUCUCGCGUCAGUAUCCAUCGCAUCCGCUGACGGCGCAGUAUGCCGUGAAGACCCUGUCGUCAUAUCCGGCGGAAUCGGUUCUGCCGUACAUACCGCAACUGGUGCAGGCACUCCGGCACGAUACCAUGGGCUAUGUGGUGGAGUUCAUUAAGAAUAUAUCGCGAAGAUCGCAGAUAGUGGCCCAUCAGCUGAUCUGGAACAUGCAGACGAACAUGUACAUGGAUGAGGACCAGCAGCACAGGGAUCCCAAUCUGUACGAGGCAUUGGAUCAGCUGUCGCAGAGCAUUAUAGCCUCGUUCUCGGGCGCUGCCAAGAGAUUCUACGAGCGAGAAUUCGACUUCUUUGGCAAGAUUACGGCCGUUUCGGGUGAGAUCCGUUCCUUCCCCAAGGGCAUUGAGCGGAAGAACGCCUGCUUGGCGGCGCUGAGUCGGAUUAAAGUUCAAGGCGGUUGCUAUCUACCCUCGAAUCCGGAGGCCAUGGUCCUGGACAUUGACUACAGCAGCGGCACGCCCAUGCAGAGUGCAGCCAAGGCGCCGUAUUUGGCACGUUUCCGGGUGUAUCGUUGCGGCAUCACGGAGCUGGAAACACGAGCCAUGGAGGUGUCCAAUAAUCCGAACUCCCAGGAGGAUGCCAAAAUGACGUUGGGUGUGGAGUCUUGGCAGGCUGCCAUCUUUAAGGUGGGCGACGAUGUACGGCAGGAUAUGCUGGCCCUCCAGGUGAUCACCAUCUUCAAGAACAUCUUCCAGCAGGUGGGGCUCGACCUGUUCCUGUUCCCCUAUCGCGUGGUGGCCACCGCUCCAGGGUGUGGCGUCAUUGAGUGCGUACCGAAUGCCAAGUCGAGAGACCAGCUUGGCCGGCAGACGGACAGUGGCCUGUCCGAGUAUUUCCAGCAUCAGUAUGGAGACGAGAGCUCCAAGGAGUUCCAGGCGGCGCGAGCGAACUUUGUCAAGUCGAUGGCAGCGUACUCGCUCAUUGGCUAUUUGCUGCAGAUCAAGGAUAGGCACAACGGCAACAUAAUGAUCGACAAGGAUGGCCACAUCAUACACAUAGAUUUUGGCUUUAUGUUCGAGUCAUCGCCGGGCGGCAAUAUCGGCUUCGAGCCGGACAUGAAGCUCACGGACGAAAUGGUUAUGAUCAUGGGCGGCAAAAUGGACUCACCUGCCUUUAAAUGGUUCUGCGAGCUGUGCGUCCAGGCCUUCCUCGCCGUCCGGCCGUAUCAGGAUGCCAUUGUGUCGCUCGUUUCGUUGAUGCUGGACACCGGACUGCCAUGCUUCCGGGGGCAGACGAUUAAUCUGCUGAAGCAGCGAUUUGUGGCCACCAAGAAUAACAAGGAGGCCGCUGCCCACAUGCUGUCCGUCAUCCGCAAUUCGUAUCAGAACUUCCGCACGCGUACCUACGACAUGAUCCAGUACUACCAGAACCAGAUCCCCUACUAAGAAUUAUCCGCCUCUUGUUCGUUCGCUCGUUGUUUGUUCGUUGUUUGGCCAAAAGGAAACCCAGUUCCAAUUCCCGUCCCAAUUCCCCCGCCUGGCGACACUUCUUACACCGUAUUAUUAUUAUUUUUCACCUUGUAUUUCCCGUAUACUCCAAUUGUGUGUUUGUCUCCUUGUUUACUUUGUUUCCGCGUACUUAUAAGAUGUUGAACUUUACCAAGAUUUUACGACGCAUACAUACGUUAUUAUACAAUAUUUAUAAAUAUUAAAUCAAUUAUAGGGCAAUAUGUUAUAAAGUGGUAAAAACAAA